AUGAUCACAACUGAGCUCCAUGCACGCAGGCAGCGUAUCAUGGACAGUGUCUUGUCUCAACCCCCACAGUCUAACAUCGAGCUUCAUCACCCGCCUCCAUCUGAUAUCCAACCGCAUGAUGCAGGGCAUCUCGCGACCCUACGCAUGUUGGUAGUCAAUGGCCCACGAGCAGAGACGGUCCCGGAUAGAAAUCCUGAGACAAGAGACGCAGCCAUCUCAAUCAAACCCCAGAACGAAACAAAUGAAGUCGAGCACCGCUUCUGGAACGAAACAACCUCUGAAUACGCCGACUCACCAGCCCUACUCGCAAACACCGGCAACCUUGCGAAACCCUCAAAUACCUCCCUGAACUCCGGACACCCAUCCAUCGCCGCAGCCACCAUAAUCGGCGUAAUUAUCUUUGGAGCUAUCUGCUUCCUCCUUUUCUGGUACAUCCGCCGUGAGCGACGACGCCGUCACCUCCGCCAGAUCCAAUCCCCAAGCCAAGAUCUGUUCAACCCAUCCUCCCUCAGCCUGGGACCAGAAACGAGCAAGACCCUCGACGAUUUCCUAAUGCGAGACGUACCCCCAGAAAGAGCCUCCCUCAUGUUCAGCCGCACCCGCUCACCCUCCGUCACAUACGUCGUCGACGAGGCAAACCCCCGCAGCAAUCGUAACAGCUACGAUGAAUCGAGCAGCCUGACAAAACUGGACACGCUGGACACGCUGACAAGACUCUCGGUCGAUGGAACCCGACUCAGUUUCAUGCUUUCAGAACUCCCAUUUUCAUUGCAAGGUCCAUCGCCUCAGUACCCCGCGACCCAACAUACCUCAAUCACUUCCAAACGCGCAUCAUUGGCCUCAACAGUCCCACCCUCUCCACGAUCCUCCCAGCUCUGGACCACCACGACAGCCGCAACAACUGCAUCUGGGACUACUGAGAAAAGCUCACUUCUAGCUCAAGAGACCGCCAGCUCGCGAACCUCGCAGUCCAUUCACACCUCAAACGGCCUGCCCAGCCCGGCCAGUGCAUCGAUGCAGCCUCAUUCCUCGAACGGCUCACGUGGGUCGAGCCAGUACUCUGGUGGUAGUGUUGUUCGAAGUUCUCCGCGUGAGAUCAUAGAUCCCCGGGGCCCACAGCAUGUAAUAUCAAGGAGCUCGCAGAGCGUUUCGCCUAUUGCGGAGUCGACUAUUUCUGGGAAUUUGCCGUCUGGUCCGGCCACUCCGUCGCCUUUGUUUCGGUUUUCGGAGGCUUGA